AUGUCUUCGAGAAGAUGCGAGGAUACAUUGACAAGAUCAGAUUGUUCUCUCGUUCGAGGCAAACGGAAUGCUGGAUUUGAAAACGAUGAAGAAUCUAUCCAGGAUUCUGAGGAUACGCAAAUCGCCACCAAGAAAGAACAUUCUGACAUAUCUUCUGUAAUCCAGAAGACCGACCUUGCGGAUGAGAACAAACCAAAAGAGUGCGGUGGCUCAAGAUGGAGACUUCUUGGUUGGAUAUUUUUAAAGGAAUCCUGCUCAUUUUUGGACACUCUUUUCUCUUUUCUGACUCUCGCUGGUGUUUUCCUGAUCGCACAGCCGCCGUUUCUCUUCGGGAAUCCCGAAUGGGAUGGCAUAGCUUUUGAUGCGAGAGUUCUUGGUUCGGUACUUAGCCUCUUAAGCGCUUUCCUUUCCCCGACCAUCUUGAUCCUCAUGCGAAAACCUGGGUUUUAUAAGGUUCCUUCGUUGGUCGUGCUUAUUUUCUAUUCAAUUUGUGGGUUAUUCUUAUCCGCAUUUCUCACGACCGUCUUACAGCAAUGGACACUGCCUGGAUGCGGAGGGGAUCGCAUCAUUCUCCUUGCCAAUGGAGUUAGUAACUUCUCCUCCCAAAUCCUAAUCUACCUCGCCCUUAAAACGGAACGGGCUCAAACUGUUGCUCUUGUCCACUCAUGCGACAUCCUCUUCUCAUUCACCUUAGAAUAUUUGUUCUUCGGUGUCAUGCCGAACUAUAUUACAGCGAUCGGAACCUUCGUGAUCAUCACUAGUUUUGUUGGGAUUACCUUGAAGAAAUUGUGGGAGAGUCGAAAACUUGAAGAUAGGCAAGAGGGGAAUGGGGAAGACAACCAAAGCGGCACCUCCAACAGCUGAGAAGGGAGACCAUUUCGUUAAAUACGGACACAACGUCGCACAAAGCC